AUGGGGGGCCGCUGCUUCUUCUUCUUCCUCCUACUCUCCAUUCCUCGCGCCUCGCAGCAGCAUCGUCUCCUCCACCACCACCACGCCAUAAACCGGCUGGUGCCGCACCACGCCAUAAGCCGGCUGGCGCCGCACCCCGCCAUUAGCCCGCUGGCGCCGCAACCCGCAGCCACAGCACCCAGCGGCGAGGGACAGGACCCCGACACGGCCCAUGAGUUCCUGUCCUCUCACAACCAGGUGCGCGCCACCAUCGGCGAGUCGCCCUUCGUGUGGGACGAGGCGGUGGCCGAGUACGCGCGCAACUGGUCGGACCUUCGGCGGAGCGACUGCGCCAUGGAGCACUCGCAGGGCCCGUACGGGGAGAACCUGUUCUGGGGGUCGGGGCAGGACUGGAAGGCGGCGGACGCCGUCGAGAGCUGGGCGGCGGAGCGCGACAACUAUAACUCCUCCGACAACUCGUGCGCGCCGGGGAAGAUGUGCGGCCACUUCACCCAGAUCGUGUGGAACAGUACCGCCCGCGUGGGCUGCGCCAGGGUGGAGUGCGACGCUGGCGCCGGGGUCAUCAUCGUCUGCGACUACGACCCACCGGGCAACUGGGUCGGCGAGAUGCCCUUCAACGUAAACACUUGAGGAAGCGAGGAUGACGAUACAAGCUUUGGAGCGGCCGAGCCUCCGGUUGCAUGCGAUUGCAUGGGAAUAUUCUCCACGUUCUUCCAUUUUUGCAUGGUGG